GACCCUACCACAUUUAUAAGUAUUUAUAAACAAGCGAAACAAAGAACGACGGCAAGCAAAAAUUAUUCUUGAUCCUGCGCGCCUACUAGUGGCGCCCAUUCUCUGGGACUUUAGUUGCAAACCAUAUACAUAUAUGAGUAGUGUAUUAACAGCAAUUCACAAAACAAAAAUUUCAUUACUUUUUGGCAGCAGAAUUGUGCCUCAUUUCGAAGGCAAUCACAGCGCAUCCGAAUAGAAAUUCAUCUCAAUUGGACGCCCUUUCUACAACUACGUGAUAAAAAAAUUCAACUGAAGAUGAGAAAGCAUUGAUAUGUGUCCGAUAUUGUGGAGAGCACUAAUGCAUCAAAAUGAGAUUUAAUUUAUGUGAGCACUGUGUCAAUUUAAAAGGCGCUGCGUCCAACAUAAUUGAAUCACUUUGGUCGCUGUCACGUCGGAAAUCACACGUUGCUGCAGAUCUUCACGUCCAUUGUAAAUUUGGAUUUUGUACUUAAUCCGUUGCUGUCGUAGUUUGUUGACAAAUCAUAAAGUCUCAAAAUGUGUGACGAAGAAGCUUCUGCUCUGGUUGUCGAUAAUGGUUCCGGCAUGUGCAAGGCUGGUUUCGCCGGUGAUGAUGCCCCCCGUGCAGUAUUUCCAUCGAUUGUGGGUCGUCCUCGCCAUCAAGGUGUGAUGGUGGGUAUGGGUCAGAAGGAUGCGUAUGUCGGUGAUGAGGCGCAGAGCAAACGUGGUAUCCUUACCUUGAAGUAUCCCAUCGAGCACGGUAUAAUCACCAACUGGGACGAUAUGGAGAAAGUGUGGCAUCACACAUUUUACAAUGAGUUGCGUGUGGCGCCUGAGGAGCAUCCAGUUCUGCUGACCGAAGCCCCACUUAAUCCAAAAGCUAAUCGCGAGAAGAUGACCCAAAUUAUGUUUGAGACAUUCAACUCACCUGCAAUGUACGUCGCCAUUCAGGCUGUGCUAUCACUUUAUGCCUCUGGUCGUACCACUGGCAUUGUGCUUGACUCUGGCGAUGGUGUCUCUCACACAGUUCCCAUCUAUGAAGGUUAUGCCUUGCCUCAUGCUAUCUUGCGUCUGGACUUGGCUGGCCGUGACUUGACCGACUACCUCAUGAAGAUUCUAACUGAGCGUGGCUACUCAUUCACCACCACUGCUGAGCGUGAAAUCGUGCGGGAUAUCAAGGAGAAGUUAUGUUAUGUUGCGCUGGACUUUGAACAGGAAAUGGCAACAGCCGCUGCAUCUACAUCAUUGGAGAAGUCUUAUGAGUUGCCUGAUGGUCAAGUGAUUACUAUUGGUAAUGAACGUUUCCGCACACCCGAAGCGCUCUUCCAGCCGUCAUUCUUAGGUAUGGAAUCCUGCGGUAUCCAUGAAACUGUCUACCAAUCCAUCAUGAAGUGCGAUGUAGAUAUCCGAAAGGAUUUGUAUGCCAACAAUGUAUUGUCCGGUGGUACGACUAUGUACCCAGGUAUCGCUGAUCGCAUGCAAAAGGAAAUUACUGCCUUGGCUCCUUCGACCAUCAAGAUUAAGAUCAUUGCUCCACCUGAGCGAAAAUACUCCGUUUGGAUUGGUGGCUCUAUUUUGGCCUCUCUGUCCACCUUCCAGCAGAUGUGGAUAUCCAAGCAAGAGUACGAUGAAUCCGGUCCCGGAAUCGUGCACCGCAAGUGCUUCUAAGCGCUAAAGGUAGGCCCAGCUCGCACAUCUGUUUCCAACCAAAACGAGGAGAUCCAAACUCUCAGCUGCACACCAUUGAUCUACAUCCCACCGUGUCUGUACAGCUGCUGAAUCCACCCCAGGGUGGCAGGACCUAUACGAACAUUACAAAUAUGAGAAUGGAUAUAAAAUGAAAUAUUAAAAAUAUUCACUAAACUCAAACCAUUCGAAAGCUAUCCUCAAAAAUUUCUUUGCUUUUUUCACGCGAUUCGAUUUGGUUUCCAUUUACUUUCUAGAUUAUUGCAGUAUUUGUUUGUAUGAACCGAAAUAAACUUUAUUCGUUCGCCAGCAAAUAACAGCGAAGUCUCUUUA